AUUUUUUUUUCUAUUUUUAGGAUAUAAUGGAAUAUUGGAAUAAGAAACUUCUUGCAGAUGCUCAGACUGGAAAUGUAAACGAUAUGAAAAUAUGCCUAGAGAAUAAAGCAGACAUUGAAUAUCAAUCGGAGUUAGGAUGGACAGCAUUAAUGUUGGCUGCCAUGGGAGGACACCUGGAGGUCUGUAGACUUCUCAUUGAUACAGGAUGUAAGAUCGACACCACAACAGGUAGUGGAGUGACAGCAUUAAUGUGGGCUGCCGAGGAAGGACACCUGGAGGUCUGUAGACUUCUCAUUGAUACAGGAUGUAAGAUCGAUGCCACACAUGGUGGUGGAUGGACAGCAUUAAUGUUGGCUGCCUGGAGAGGACACCUGGAGGUCUGUAGACUUCUCAUUGAUACAGGAUGUAAGAUCGACACCACAACAUCAGAUGAAGGAUACACAGCUUUACAUAUUGCUGCUGUGAGUGGACGUCUACAGAUCACAAGAUGUCUAGUAGAACAAGGAGGUGCCAGUCCCUUGGUUACAACACGUCGGGUAAUAUUUUAUAGUAUAUACCCAGUGUUCAACUAUUAA